AUGGGGUUUUUCGCCGAUGAUCUCACACUAGCAGUACGACGCGUCAACCGAGACAUCAUCAACAGUACGCUGCAACAAGGAAUAAACGUGGUGGACGAAUGGUCCAAGAACUAUUUUAUGGACAUUAAUGUGGACAAGAAGAAAUGCACACUUUUUGGUACCACCAACCCGCAUCCCCUUUCACUGAAACUACGCGGUAUCCCCGUAGGCCCGGAGAAGGCACCCAAACUCCUAGGCAUCAUAUUCCAAAACUACCGAGGCAUGUCUACCCAUGCGGUUCAAACGAGACAACGCUCGAAUUUUCGGUUACCACAACCUGCCGCCACCUCCUCCACCACAUGGGGGUCGAAACGUGGGAACCCCCAAUUCCCCCGCCCCGAAGGUGAAUAG